CCAAGUUGCCAUGCCACUAUUUAAUGUCACAUUGUCAUUGUUGUGUCACCUUUUUUACGUAAAUUUACGUCAAACAAAAUUGAACAAAAUAAUGUGAAUAUUUAAUUGAAUAAAAUAUUGAAUAAUGAAACUGUGAAAAAAUUCUUCUUGCGCAAUAUGGAGAGCGUUACAAAUUUUUCUGUAUCGCUUAUCAAAGGUUUCAUAGACAGCUUACGAGGUGUAACUGUGCUCUUAUAUUUAGACAAGGAAAUCAACGAGCGUGCCUUAAGUCGCUCCCCGCCGUCAGAAGUUGAAAAUUCUAAAAACAAACAAAAACAACCGAAAGUAAAACAGGAAUCAAAAGUACUUACACGAGUAUUACAGUCAUGUAUUCUGAAUGGAUUUAUAUUUUUGCUUAGCAUAUUAAUAUUUGAAUAUGCACUGUUGCCUGCGGUUAAGUACUUAGUUACGGUAGUGUUUGGUCACAACCCUGGAGUGGCGCACAAUGUCUGGGCAUGGAUGCAGCCUUUCCUUUCCAUGACCUUCCGGAUGAUAUGGGUGCUCCCUUUGUUCCUGUUAAGUAAGCUAGUCAACAGCUUGUGGUUUCAAGAUAUUGCGGACAGCGCCUACCGCCACAGACGUGGGCGGCCGCAGUUCAUGUCGAGCGUGAGCAAAAUUAUCGCCGACUCACUCUUCAGUCUGCUGGUGCAAGCCUUAUUUUUAGUACAGAGUAUGUUAGUAAGUAUGCUUCCAAUAACGUACAUCGGUGAGCUUCUGUGCCUCGUUCACAUGUGCCUGCUGUACUCUCUGUACUCGUUCGAGUACAAGUGGUUCAACAUGGGCUGGGAACUCCACAAACGGCUGACUUUCAUCGAGUCCAACUGGCCAUACUUCCUCGGUUUUGGACUCCCACUCGCCGUACUUACACAGAUACCACAGUCUUAUAUUAUUAGUGGUUGCGUGUUCUCAAUAUUCUUCCCAGUAUUUAUAUUGAGCGGUAAUGAGGCUACGCCCGUUUUAGGAAAUGAAUAUCCUCUAAGGCUUUUCUCGCCAGUGGUGGCUAUUUCAAACGGAAUGUUCCGUUUUGUUCGUCAAGGAGCCGAAGUAGUGACCCAACGGAACAGGUGACUGCCAACCGACACUCAACUAAACUAGUAUGUUACACUAUAAAGGGUGGGGAGUCAGGGUUGUGCAAAACUUGGUAAUAUUGUGAUGAGGACAUUAUUUUAAGCAUAUACCUUUUUACUGUGAAUGUUCGUUUGAAAAUAUUAGGUGUUGCAAAUUGAAAAAUUCAAAAUUUAAUGUGUAUUCGAAUUAUUUUUUCUCGUUGAUAUUGGCGAAAUUCUUUUUGUAUCUGAAUUUAAAUCUGGAAUUUUAAAUAUACCGGUUUUUUCAUAUUUUUAAUGAAUGUCAAAUCACAAUCUUGUCGUUGAACUGGCUUUAAAUGUGAUUCUAGGAUUAGAAAAACACAAAUUAUAAUAUGUCGCUGAUACUUAUGUACCUAAUCAAUAAUCAUGUUGUUAUGUAUAAUACAUUAUUUUUUUUAUUAUUAAAUCAUCACAUUUACUUUGUAACUAGUCAGUUCGACUUUAUUUUAAUGUUAUAACUUUUGUGUGAUAAAAUAAAACGCUGCUUAUAAAUAAAAGUUCCGUUGUGACUUGAAAGUAUUAGAGCUUUCCUCAGUUACAAUACCGCCAACGUAUCUUGGCGAGACUGAAGUUAGCCG